UCGCAUCUACUUUGUGGCCGCGGCCCGUCGAUUCUCGGUGGAAGCCGGGGGAUGAAUUUGAAAUGUCGCAGGGAUGUGCUAAUGAGUCGUCAGCUGCAACAGAGCUCGUAAACAGCCUGGAAUCAAAAUCAGAGAAUUAAGAAACAGCUUCUGAGGCCGACAGGUCUUUUUUUAUGGAAAGCAUGAUUAUGAUGAAAGGAGGAAGAGGAGCAGAGAAGUGGAGUGAGCCCUUCCUGGCCCAAGACAGGAUUUAAUUAGACGCUUGCAGAAUAAGUGACUUCUGUGGUCAGGAGGUGAUGGCAGUGCUGACUGAGCUUCACCACCACUACUACCCAUUCCUAACGAUGGACAGCCUCCUCCUGCACGCCUGAGCCUGCACACAGGGCUACCUCCUUCCCCUCCUGUCCUUCUGCCUCUCCUUGCUCAUUCCCCACCUCAUCCUCCACUCUCCUCACCCAGCUGCCACCUCCCUGCAUCUCUCCUCCCGUCUCUAAUUCAAUCCAAUUCCCCCACGUGUAAUUUCAUUGUUUCUCUACCAUCUUACUUUACUAUGGCGUGUUGUGGGCGUUCUCUGGACUCCCCAUGCACACUAGCCUUGCUGGUGGGCUUCCAGUUUGCCUUUGUGCUCUAUUUCUCCCUCGGAGGCUUCAAAGGCCUGGUGUCUGUACUAGUGCACACCACAGAGCCGGAAUUUGAUUACUCUCGGCCCCACGAUGUCUACACCAACCUCAGCCAUCUGGGAGUGCCGCCUCCCCCACCUCGCAACUCUGGCACUGGACCCCCUGUCACUGGACCACCACUGAGAGACUGUCAGAUCCCCUCGCCGCUGCUGGUUGGACCUGUGUCUGUCCAUCUUUCUCCUCCUAAGUCAAUGGAGGAUAUCAGACAGAGGAACCCAUUAGUGAUGCCAGGUGGACGCUAUCGGCCUCCAGACUGUGAACCCCGCCACCACACUGCGAUAGUAGUACCGUAUCGGAACCGGCAGACCCACCUCCGUGCCCUCCUCUAUCACCUCCACCCCUUCCUGCAGAGGCAGCAGAUUCACUACAGCAUCUACAUAGUACAGCAGUGGGGGAAUGGUACUUUCAACCGUGCCAAGCUGCUGAACGUUGGUGUGCGGGAGGCCCUCAGAGAUGAAGACUGGAGCUGCAUCUUCCUGCACGAUGUUGACCUGCUGCCUGAGAACGACCACAACACCUACACCUGCCACAAACAGUUUCCCACACACCUGUCUGUGGCCAUGGACAAGUUCAGAUACAGGCUGCCGUACCCACAGUAUUUUGGUGGGGUGUCUGCACUGACCCCAGACCAGUACAUGAAGAUGAAUGGCUUCCCUAACCAGUACUGGGGCUGGGGCGGGGAGGAUGAUGACAUCGCUGCCAGAGUGCGUCUCUCUGGCAUGAAGAUCGUGCGCCCUCCAGUGGCCAUUGGUCAUUACAAAAUGAUCAAGCAUAGAGGAGACCGAGGCAAUGAGCAAAACCCACGCAGAUUUGACCUCCUGAAAAGGACAAGACUCAACUGGCGCUCUGACGGCCUCAACUCUUUGACUUACAAGCUCCUUUCCAGAGAGCUGGAGCCCCUCUAUACCAACCUCACUGUCAACAUUGGAGAGGAUCCCCAUCUACCCCCAGGGAAAAUACCCAUUCUUGUCAAAACAACAACCCCUGCCCACCAACGUAGCACCAGCAAGACUGAAGGCACAGCCAACCAGGAGCAGAGGCACGAGAGCAAAGGGGCUGUGGCGGCAAAUAUCACUGUGGCCAAGCCGGAUGGUGUAAAGACAAAACCUGCGCAGUCAAAGGCAGCAAAUCAAACAACACAGGAGAAAACAGGUGUGAUGAAAUAGAAUGAGGUGUGUAGUAACAGGACUGCAUCUUAUAUGUAGCAUAAAGUGGCUUCUCCUUUCACUUUGAUCAGAAAGAAAAAAUGCAGGUACGCAAGUAGUGGCCUGUUCCUCUGGUGAACUGAACAGUACACCAGCUUUCUGUGUCAAUGCAGGUUGAAAUGAAGCAUUGGAGCAAACGAAGAAGCCACUUUGUCUACAAGGGUGCAUUCAGGAAAACGACUGAGUCACCUCUUCUUGGUUUAUCAUCCACUGAAUGUGACUCUUGUGGUGACGGACAGGAGUCUAUGGUCACACACAUGACUAGACUGGGACCAGCAGACAGUGGAUGAACACCUCAGUCGUAUCCACGUAGAAUUGCAAAACAAACUAAAUGAAAACGAGACAGUAAAUAUAUAAAUCUCUGCUCUUCUCCAGACAUUGCAAGUUGUAAGCGACCCAUCUGCUGCCAGCAGACCUGCAACUUCAUCUGGUCUGCUCCCAAAAAAAACUGCUGCUGUCAGUCCACCCCCACUCCAUGGUGGGUUUAUGUUUCUGUGCCUUCUCUCUUUUAUGCGCAUUUUAUAGACUGGUAUAGCUGCUUCUAGACACUGACCUGGGGUUAAUUUUACCUCUCCUGCCCUGUGGCAAAUGUUUAAAAAGUAGGGAGGCUAAAGCUGAUUCUAGGUCAGAACAAAUAUUUGUUCCAGGACUGCCGUUUUAUAUUUGUGUGCAUUGAUCAAGCGCUGACAAACUCCAUAGUUAUCAGACAAUUUUAGAGUUUAUAUUUAUAUAGAGAGACUUCUUUAUUUGUUUACUGGUUUGUUUUACUUGUCCUUCCUUACAGUCUGGUGCCUCUCUCUCUGAGUUUUAGUUUCUAGACAAUCAAAUCAUACGGAAAGAUAACUCUGUAUCCAGCCACAUAACAAAGUAAGGAAAUAUUAUCAUGACUAUCUUUACGCCUGUCAGAUAACCAUACACUUAAAAAUGGCAUGAUAGUUGCCGUUGAGUUUGACUAUACUCUCGAUACAUGGACAGACCUGUGCUCCUGAUAUUAUCUGUGAUUUUAUUAUUUUUCUUUUAGAUUAGUCAGGUAUGGAAAGGGCAAACGUGCAGACAUAUUUGAGGUCAGAUUGUGUUUUAAUAACAAAAAGUGGGCAUAGUUACAAUAAAUCACUGUGUAUAGAUUUAGGUCAGCUUUUUACUAGAGGGUCUGACAUCUUCACAGAGGGUCUUUCAGUGUAUUAUGAAAGACCUGGAUGCAUUUAAGUGUAUAAAUGAGUGUCUGCUUUUCCUUGUCUUUCUUCAUUCCCUAGAACGAAGCUUUUGUGUCUUGAAGGAAAGGAGACAAGGAAGAAGGAAUGUGUAUUUUGAAAGACAACGUAAUCAUUGCAUGUAGGUAAUUUUGAUCAAUAGAUAAAUGAUCUAAAAGUCACUUACUUUGACAUUUAAUUUAUUUUCCACAUUAGCGAUUUAGAAUGAAUGUGAGUGAAGGGAGAGUUUAUCAGGUGAGGCACUAAGUUUGCGGAGGGGGACUUGAAUCUGAUCACUUGUAGACUAUAGGGUUUCUUGCUGCUAUUUGACUAGGGAAAUGGUUAACCGUAUAAUCACAUAGCUUGAAAAAUGACAUGUUGUAACACAGAUUUUAUGGUGUGGGAUUGUGUUCUACUAACAGGUAAUGUAUAACUGAUGCUAAUUUGAAUGUAUUUAAUUUAUUAAUUUAUUUAUUGAGUCACUCACAGAGCUAAAUGCGCAGACUUCUGAAGUGAUUUUGCAGUGUGGAUGUGUUUUAAUGGUUAAGCCCCUUUUUUCAUUGUAGAGCAGAAUAUUAUCACAUUAUACCAUAUAUCCACUUUUCUUAUGUUAACGUUGUGCCUCAUGAAAUGAGCCUAAUUACUAACAGAGUGAAGGCUGGGAUAUACUGCAUGUGAGUGCCCUCAAGUGGCUCUAUUUUGCUUAGCGCCAGCCAAGAAUAGCUGAGGACUGAAUGAAACCGCAGUGUUGUGACAUGAAUGUUAAUCAUCAACGUUGCCCAUUCACAGGUUUCAGCCAAUCAAAUCAGUGCGAAUGGCUGAAAUCACAGUGUGACGUCAGCCAAUCGCACUGUGUGGAGGGUUUCUUGUUUGCAUAGUAUUGCAUGAUUGAUCUUGCCAGCUUAAAGGUGUAGAGCAACUCUCUGAAUUUUACUGGUUAAUAGUACCAAAAAUAUAUGGUGAGUUUUAUGAAUGGAUAGUUUUAUAGAAGGAAUCUAUGUUUAUUUAUUGAGAAAUGUUACCUGUUUGAAACAAAGAGUGCUGUAGAGUUCAUAGAGAGACAAAAAGGCCUAAUGUCUUAGCUUUAUACAACAUAAUCAUUUAGUUGCAUAUCAAUAGAUAACCAUUUAUCAUAUUGGCGGGGAUAAUGCCUAUGAAAUGAAGCAGUGACACACUGAGAGCUCUUAAGUGCGUUAUGUAAUCUCAGCAGAUUAAUCAGCAAAUUGUGAGCUUACCUGGAAAUUGUUCUAUAUUUAAUAAAUAGGCUAGUUUUUAUAAAGGAUGUUUCGCAUAAGUGUUGGAAAUAUAUGCUGUGUAGUUGAAUGCAAAUACAAUAAUCAGGAUUGAGUCUUCGUGGGAAUUUUUUAUUUAAUUUAAAAGAGUUACUUUAAUCAUGAGUUCAUUCUGUCAUCAACAACACACUUUUGAGAGAUGUAAACAUGAUUGUUAAGAAGCACCCGACCUAAAAGAUGGGAUGUUGUGAAGUAGUGAAUGUUACAUCACUGAGAAUGAGCGACCAUGAUAUUUGCAUCAGUAUUGUUAUUUACUGACCUUCUCUUGAGUAUGAAAGAUUGUGUGUCUCUCUGUGUGUGCUUGAGUGUGUGCGUGUGUAGAGAGCAAGAUCAGCAAAACAGGCAACAGAAGCAUUAACUGUGAUGGACACUGUUGUGACAGAAAGAAAAUAUGUAAACCAAUAAACCACAUAAUCAAAAAUGUG